GAGCCCAUGGCACAGGAGCUGAGUUCACAUAGUUGUUCUGUGGCAAGAAAGAGAAAGAUGCAAGAACAGAAAUUUGGAGCAUCGGUAAACAAGAGAAAAUCCCUGCUGAUGAAACCCCGUCACUAUACUCCUAGCAAUGACUGUGAAGAAGAAAGCAAAGAGGAAAACAGACUUCUGCAAUCAGCACAUGAAGAUCUUCAAAUGGACCUUCCAGAAAAAGAUACCAAUAAUAACAGUGAUGAUUUUAACAGCUACCAGGAGUUGGUAGCUAAAUCACUUCAGGAUCUGGGGAAAAUAGCAGAAGAUGCAGCAAUCCAGAGAUCAGCUGAAAGCAAUUUAAAUGACAGUGGGGUCCAAUCUUUGGAGGGGGAAAGUGAUGCAGAUGAAAGUCAUGCGUCUGUAGUUUUCACUAAAGAUAAGUCACCUGCAUGUGAGAAAGAAGUGAUACUGCAUUAUUCUUGUGGAGUAAAGAAUCAAAUGCUUUCUGAAGAUAUUUAUGAAAACUGUGAGCAACCCCAAGAUUUAAGAAAACCAUCUAACAUGAGCAACCUAAAACCCUUUGCAGCCCAUGGUUAUAACCUGGGCUGUAAAUCGACGAACAGUUCAGAAGCAAGAGGGAAGGAAAUUGAGAUGAUAGAAGUCAUCUCACAAGAGACUGCCUACCAAAACAGUGUCAACAAUAUUGGAGAAGCACAAAAUUCAAAGCCAAACAUUUCUGUCAAUAAGAUUGGGUCUCCAAGAACUGAUGAUGACUGUGCAUCUCAGAUUUCUACAUCCACAGAAGGUACAGAAGAUUUUGACACAGCAAAGGGAAACCUAAGUCUUCUGGAACAGGCUAUUGCUCUGCAGGCAGAGCAGGGAUAUAUCAUAAAGGGAACACACAAGGGAAAUGAAAGCAUCUUACUAGGCAAGCUAACUGCAGAGAGACAACAUUGCAAAAUCAUUGACACAGGAAUCAGAAAGAAUUACUCUAGCAAAGAUUCUAUUAGAUGUGACAAAAAAGAAUCAAAGUGUCCAACUCCAGGCUGUGAUGGCAGUGGACAUAUUACUGGGCUGUAUCCUCAUCACCGGAGUUUUUCAGGCUGUCCUCACAAAAUGAGGGUUCCACCAGAUAUCCUUGCUAUGCAUGAGAAUGUACUCAGGUGUCCAACCCCAGGCUGUACGGGAAGAGGGCAUGUGAAUAGCAAUCGUAAUUCCCAUCGAAGUCUCUCUGGUUGCCCAAUUGCUGCAGCAGAAAAAUUGACUAAAUGCCAAGACAAGCAGAAUGAGCUGGCAAAGGCUGGACAAAGUCCAGAUCAAAUAUUCAGGCCAAUUUGUCUGGUGAAACAAAUGGAGAUUUCUCAGUUCAGUUAUGGAUCCACACAACCCAUCAGCACAUCCCAUACCAACAUAUCAAAAGAGCUGGACAAAUGUACUAAGGCUCCCUUUGAUUAUGCCAGUUUUGAUGCACAAGUAUUUGGAAAGCACACAUUUGCAUCAAAAUUUCCAGAACGGGAAGCUGUUCAAUUUUGUGAAUCUAAACACUUUUCAGGUCCAGUGACUUCCUCUAAUCGAAUAUCCAGUGCCUCUGUACAAAAUCCAUGCCACUCCAGUAUCUACACCUACAGUCAUGACACUGAAGCAACUCACAUAGCAGCUGCAGCUAUCCUCAACCUUUCCACACGUUGCAGAGAGAUACCAGAGAACCUCUCCACAAAAGCACAAGAUUUGUCAACUAAGAAAGAAGACAUAGGCCCAGAAGAAGGUAUGGAAGAAAGGAGGUACCCUGGUGAGGUGACUGUCGCAAGCUCACAGUCCAAAGUUCUGAGCAAAGAUUCAAAGAAAGAGCUCAUAACUUGCCCAACCCCAGGAUGUGACGGUAGUGGCCACGUAACUGGAAAUUAUGCAUCCCACCGCAGCGUAUCUGGUUGUCCUUUGGCUGACAAGAGCCUUAAAAGUCUUAUGGCAGCCAGCUCCCAGGAACUGAAGUGUCCAACACCUGGUUGUGAUGGCUCUGGUCAUGUGACUGGAAAUUAUGCUUCACACAGAAGCCUUUCCGGAUGUCCACGUGCAAAAAAAGGUGGAAUUAAACUGGCAUCCAGUAAGGAUGAUAAAGAAGACUCAGAGUUAGUCAGGUGCCCAGUGAUAGGUUGUGAUGGGCAAGGUCACAUAUCUGGGAAAUACUCGUCACAUCGCAGUGCAUCAGGUUGCCCCUUAGCUGCAAAGAGACAAAAGGAAGUUUCUCUGAAUGGAUCCCAAUUCCCUUGGAAAUCUGGCAAAGCAGAAGUUACAUCCUGCCCUACACCGGGCUGUGAUGGAUCUGGUCACAUUAAUGGCAGCUUUGUUACUCACAGAAGUUUGUCAGGCUGUCCCCGAGCUUCCCUUGCACUGAAGAAAGGCAAAUUGUCAGGUGAUGAAUUGAUGACCAUCAAGCUCAGGGCAAGUAGAGGAGCUGAAAGUGAUGAGGAGAUCAAUCACUUGGAUGAUGAGAUUAAGGAGCUGAAUGAAUCAAACUUAAAAAUGGAAGCAGAUAUGAUAAAGCUUCAAACACAGAUUACUUCCAUGGAGAGCAAUUUGAAAACAAUUGAGGAGGAGAAUAAACUAAUUGAGCAGCACAAUGAGAGUUUGUUAAAGGAGUUAGCUGGUCUGAGUCAGGCCCUUAUUAACAGCCUCGCUGACAUCCAACUCCCACAAAUGGAGCCAAUCAGCGAACAGAAUUUUGAUUUGUAUGUGAACACAUUGACUGACAUGUACAGCAGUUUGGAAAGGAAUUACACCCCUGAGAGCAAGGCCCUUCUGGAAAGCAUAAAACAAGCGGUAAAGGGUAUCCAGGUGUGA